AUGACUCAAUCUAAUCGCUUGUCUCGAGAAAUUUCGUGGCCUUCUAUGAAACAUGUCGCGAGCAGAUGCAGGACGACUUAUACAUCUGUCAAAAAGCGCGAACGCGCAAAAGAAGAUAUGGAACAGCAGCUAAAGAAAAUGGAAGAGGAGUCUUCCAAAAGAGCGGCCGGAAUAACUUCAAAAUUCACUGCGAAUUAUGAUGCCGUCGAAGAACACCUCAAGACGAAAACAGUUGGAGAAGAGACAGUGGUUCGUGGUGAAAGCUCCAAAGCGCACAAGUCUGACGGGAGCGGAUCAAAUUCCACGGCUGAUGGGAAAGUGGCGCAGAAACGUGUUCUGUCAUUCGCUUUCGAAGACGAGGAGGAAGAAGAAGAAGCGCCGGUCAUCACUAAAAAGAGGUUAGGCAUGGAUCCAACAAUUGAUACAAGUUUCCUCCCGGAUAAGGACCGCGAAGCAGAAAUUGAAAGGAAGAAAAUCGAGCUAGCAGCAAUUUGGAAAGCACAGCAAGAGCGGGAGAAAAAUGAGGAAAUUACGGUAGCAUUUGCUUACUGGGAUGGCUCCAGUCACAGGAAGAAUCUCAAGGUUAAGAAGGGCCACACAAUUUCGCAAUUUCUUACGUGGGCAAUUGAGGUUGGUUGGAACUCAUCGAAGGGUUUGCGGACUGUUUCAAACUAUCAAUUUGAAAGAUGCGAUUUCUAUUGCUAG